GGGUCUCAUUAUUAAAAGGCGAGAGAGGCCGCGGCGCCCGCCCCAGGACCCGAUCCGGGUCACAAGAAGGGCCAGCUCGAUCUGCACACAACGCCAGCCGCGUCAGCGACGCGCUGGAGUCUGCGGCGGGUACCAUGCAGCUCCUGGUGAGGGUGCCGUCUCUUCCGGAACAGGGAGAGCUGGACUGCAAAAUCUGCUACCGGCCCUUCAACCUCGAGCGCCGUGCGCCCCGCCGCCUACCCGGAACGGCGCGCGCCCGCUGCGGACACACGCUCUGCACCGCUUGCCUGCGCGAAUUGGUGGCGCGCGGCGACCGCAGCGGAGCAGCCGCGCGGGUGGUGCGCCUGCGCCGCGUCGUCACGUGUCCCUUUUGCCGCUCGCCUACUCCGCUGCCGCGGGGCGGGGUCACGGAGGUCGCAGUGGACCCGGACUUAUGGUCGCGGUUAGAGGAAAAAGCGCGGGCCGAACGCGAACCAGAUGAAGCGGGUAUCCGGGUCAGGGAAAGCGGCGACGCCGACCAAAAGGCCAACGAGGAAGAAGAGAGCGAGAAGGGGGCGGGGCCGAGGAGCGCAGGGUGGCGCGCGGUCCGGCGGCUCUGGGACAGGGUGCUGGCACCCGCGCGCCGCUGGCGGCGCCCGCUGCCUAGCAACGUGCUGUACUGUCCGGAGAUUAAGGACUUUUCCCAUAUGACUCGCUGCACGCUGUAACCGCCGGACCGGGAAGCUGCGGCAGAAAGAAGAUGGGAACUGCAUUCUCAGGGCGUGCUGGAUAGUACAAGGGGUUGAUGCCAAGAGUACCCCUUCUCCCAUCCCGGGAUUGGCACUGAUGAGGAAGUUGAGCCGAGGGCAGGAGGGAACGCCCUGGAAGGUGUUGAUGCUGAGCUGGGGAGGCUCCUAGACGAGUCGCCCCCAUCUGCUGACUGCCAGAUUUACAUAUUCAGGAUGGGGUGGCCCAGGGAUGAUAAAAACAAAGUCUACGUUCCCGUGGGAAGAAGACAGAUUGUUUCCUUAGCUGUGACUUUGGCUUUUGUCCAGGGCAGCUCUGGUGUGUGGGAGCAACAAGUCCCAUUUUAGCAAUUGUGUCAGUGAUUUGAAAUUUUUAAAAGAUGGAGCGAAUAGGCUAGUUUUUAUGUCCUGUUGCUCUCACUUCUCUAGCAAGUAAGAGAACUAAGAAAAGUAAGCCUUUAAUUUUUUCCCCAGUGCUGGUAUGCCUACUGUCUUCCCAUUCCCCGUGCUGUGUUCCUAAAAUUGAGAUGCCUCCUGCCUUGCUUCAUUUCAGAAUCUCCCUUCAACCCCUUUGGGCAGGUAUCAGAAGGUCCAAAGGGCAUUUAUCUGAGGCACCUAAUUAGAGCCUCUCAAGAAGGGAGAGCUAUUUGGUAAAAGUAUCAAAUUUUAAACCUUUGAUACCGUGUUUUUACAGUCACAGGGAAACACAGUCACUACUGAAAAAAGAUGCCCAUCAUACAAUUUUAAACUUGUGUCCCAUAAUUGGACAUCUCUUAUUGUAUGCCAUGGAUUUUAUUUUAAAAUCCUGUCAGCACCUUAUGAUAGUAAAGGACCAGCAGAAUUAGCGUCAGUGGAAACUUGUUGGAAGUGAAAAAUCUCAGGAUUUCACUUCAGAUUUACUGAAUCAGGACCUGCAUUUUAACAAUCCCAAGUGAUCCGUGUGCAUGUAAAAAUUUAAGAAGCACUGGUGCAGGUCAUAGAGGCCCUAGGAUAUUAUCAUCCAUGGAUGGAAUAUUUAGAAUACAAAUGGUAUUUAAUAAAUUACAUGUACUGUUUUAUUGAAGGUUCUAGAGUCAUUUUGUUGCUCAAGAAUAUCUAAAUUCUUUGUGUGCAUAGUUUACUUAUUGUGUUUCAAGUUAAAAAUGUGAACUUAAGUAUAAACCCCUAUUUUUGUAACUGUAUUUUGGCUUUUUCCUGUCCCUCAGCUUAAAUGUUUCCUCUUUUAGGAGGCCUUUCUCAGCAUUCAAUCUGGUGUAGCUCCUUCCCUCACCCUUUGUAGCAUAAUGCCUUUUUAUCUUCACUGUUUUUUAUUUGCAAAUGGUGUAUGUUUCAGAUAGUAUAUGUUUUGUUGGUGUCCCCUACUAGAGUGUAAGCUCCAUGUGAACAAUGACUGACUUAUGAUUGUUCUCUCUCCAGGGCCAACAGCAGUAUUAAUGUAUAGUAUAUAUUCAAUAAAUGUUUGUUGGAUUUAUUUUU